AUGCAGGCAUCUGCUGCUCAGGAUCAAUCCAAGCCGACCAUAGAGAUGAGCUUAAGAGAACAUCUUCUCGCUGCCGGCGCUGGACAGCCCAAUGUGCAGCCCCUCCCCCAGCAUCCUCCACACCCUCAACAUUCCCAGCACCCGCACACUGCUGGCCCACCGCACGCCAUCGACCCGGCCAUUGGGGGCUCCGCCUACGACAUGAGCCAAGGCGGCCCUGAUGACGGGAACACGAGCGAGGGUCGCUCCAAGGGACGGAGAGAGUUGUCGACGUCGAAACGUGCUGCCCAGAAUCGCGCUGCUCAGCGCGCAUUCCGCCAGCGCAAGGAAGAGUACAUUAAACAGCUCAAGGAUCAAGUCAAGGAGUUUGAACAACUUUGCGAGCUCUACAAGACUCUCCAAACAGAAAAUUACCAGCUGCGCGACUACAUCAUCAACCUACAAUCGCGACUACUCGAAACCCAAGGCGAAAUCCCACCUGCCCCGGCCGGUGUAGAUCUCAAUCGGCCACACGAACAACCAAACAUGCACCAACAACCGCAACCACCACAGCCGCCCCAACAACCGGAGCAACCGCAGCAGCAACAGCAAGCCUCGAGCAAUAACAAUGGAGGACUCUCGGAGCGCCAAAUUGGCGAGCUGCAGAUGGCGGCGCAAGCUGCGGCGGCAGCCCAACAUGGCGCAUCUGGCAAUAAGCACGCCAGCUCUGAAGGUUCGUACGACUACGCAGAGAAGCGCCAAAAGAUCGACGAGUCACCGCAAGCCGGUCCGAUCCAUGGCUUACCAGCAUAG